AAAACUUACAAUGGAACAACGACAACAAUCGCCGCCGCCGCAACAAACAACACACGGAUUAAUAAUGCAGGAGGAAAUAAUCGAGUCCGAGGAUAACGGCAACGAAGAGUUUAUUGACGAGGAUAAUGGCAUCACGACAGCCGGCAUGGCUGGCACAUCAGCAUUGAGACGUAGAAAAGGCAAGAUUAUAUCAUGUGCCAAAGAGACGAUCGAAAAUGCUUCCAGACUAAUACGACGUCGCGUUCCCGCAGCAGGACAUCUCAUGACACCUCGCAGACUAUGGCUCAACAAAAUCCCAACGCAAUGCGAUGUCGUGAUAGAAUUUCCCGAAGAUGCGCCCGACGAUGUGCUGCGUUGGCUUCUGGGUCGAAUCCGUGGACCACUUCCAGAAAAUCUCGGCUUAUCAACGCAUGUCCGAGCACACGAAAGUACAAAACGAACGGCAUUUUAUAUCAGUGCACCGAAUUCAAUUUUAUACAAAGCAGCUGAAGAAGCCCGAUUACCAAAACGAUUACGUUCCGACUUGGGUGGUGCCUUAAAAGAGUUUACAAAGCGCGAAAGUCAUUGUUUCGCCCAAACAAAAGAUGCCGAGGGGAAUAGCACGUUAUUCACGUCACAGGAAAGGCAAUGGCUCGUUUUACAGGUUCUACAAGGCUUACGUGCAUGCAGCGACGAUCUCCAUAUCUUGCAAGGUCGCGCAAAUGUCGAGGAAGGUCAGAGCAUCGUCGCAGCAUGGCAGGACUCUGGCUUGAUUGUUCAAAUAUUUCCGUUGCACGAAACGAGCACCCUAACGCAACUCCAACAAAGUUGGGUGAGAAAAAUGUUUGCGCCCCAACCACUUGACGACAUUGCCGAAUACUUUGGCGUAAAAGUGGCUUUGUACUUUGCCUGGCUCGGACAUUACACAUGUGCGUUAUGCGUGCCUGCGGUACUCGGAACCAUUCUGUGGGCGGGAUUAUGGGGACGAGGGCAGACAGCACAAGACAUUGGACAUAUUUUAUUCUCGUUAUUUAAUGUUACGUGGGCGAGCGUGUAUCUGGAAGCAUGGCGACGAUAUUCAGUUGAAUUAUCGUUUCGAUGGGGAACGUUAUCGACACCGCCUGAGUUGUUAGAACCUCCAAGACCUCUUUAUAAGGGCCCAUUGGAAGAAAGUCCCGUAACAGGUCGAUUAGAGCCCCGUGAAGCGCCAAUCUGGCAACGAAGAGCCUUUCGUUACUUAGUUAGUUUUCCCAUUAUCGGUCUUUGUCUCGUGGCUGUUUUUGUCGUGAUGUUUUUAAUGCUCAGACUUCAGGAUUGGCUUGACAACACAUUACCAACCACGGGCAUUUGGUCAUGCAUGUGCAUUAGAUCACCAAAGGAUUGGUGGGACGAAAAACUCCCCGAAACUGGAAUAAUUAGCUGUUUAAGUGUCAUUCCCAAAGUAUUACUUGCCGGAGCAAUAACUCUCAUGGAUGAGGCUUAUUAUAAACUUGCUGUGUGGUUAAAUGACAGAGAGAAUUAUAGACUUCAAUCGAAAUACGAGAAUCAUUUGAUUGCAAAAGUGGCACUUUUUCAGUUUGUCAACUCGUUUCUGUCCCUUUUCUACAUCGCAUUUUAUCUGCGCGACGAGGAAAAGCUCAAGGAACAACUUGCAGGUCUUCUGAUUUCGCGUCAAAUCAUCGGAAAUUUGCGAGAAUCAGCUUGGCCUUACAUCGUCGAGCAAUGGAAGUUGGCAACGUUGAGUUUUAACAUGUGGGGUGCUUUGAGUCCGUCACAGGAAAAGCCUCCAAUCGAUAUCGGAAGUGAAACGAAGAAGAACGACAGUCCCGAAAAGGCAGCAGAACCAUCGCAAACUCCAAAACGAUCCAUUGGGCAGGCAGAAAUCGAAAGUUCGUUGUACAAAUAUGACGGAACGUUCUCGGAUCAUCUUGAAAUGUUGGUUCAAAUGGGAUACGUUGUGCUUUUUUCGUCGUCAUUUCCGUUGGCGGGAUUGUGUGCAUUGGCGAAUAAUAUUUUGGAGAUACGUUCGGAUGCGUUUAAGUUGGCUCAUGUGCAUCAGAGACCGUUUGGGCAGCGAGUUGCGAAUAUUGGCACGUGGCAAAAUGCGUUGGGGAUGUUGGGAUUGGCAGCUGUGAUUGUUAAUUGUGCGUUAAUUGGGAUGUCGGGACAAGUUUCGCGAUUGUGGCCCGGAUUGACAUCGACUCAGACUGUUAUUUUGAUUGUUACGUUGGAGCACAUCAUGCUCGGUUUACGUUCCGCUCUCACCUGGAUCCUUCCCGAACUCCCCUCAUGGCUUGCAGUUGAAAUUGCCAAGGCCGAAAAUUGUCGUCGUGAAAUGCAAUGCAAGGGCCCAUCGCCGAAAGCCUCGCCUCCAUCGCCGCCCUCAUCAACUUCUGUCUCACAAGAUCAAUCAACUCCCGAUCACAUUGAUCGAAAUGAAGUUUUUCUCGAAAGUGCAUGUAAAAUAGCGAGUACUAAAAAAUUCCAAAUGCAGCUUCCCGAAAUACCACCAUUUAGAGGGCAAUUUAGCUCGCAAUUCCACUUGAAUGAGAAGAAAUUUAGCACAGGCUCACAAUCCUCAAGUUCAAGUAAAACUGGUUCACAACCAAUGCAGAUCCCGGAAAUACCGCCCUUCGUUAAGAAGGCUCAUCAGCAAAGUACCAUGUCCUUGGUGAGUCACAUGCCGAGUCAAUUAAGUCAGUCACGUCAAUCAGAUGCCGGCUCAAAAAUUCCCGAAAUACCGCCCUACGAUCCGAGUGUGCCGAAAAGGUCGAAGGAUUGGACUCCGUUGCCCAUUGAUACUGAACAUCACUUGACAAUUGGACCAAGCGGCGGCGCAGAAUGGAUUCGCCGCAUGAAAGGCAAUGAACCGAUUUCGCUACACAAAAGCACUGAAUGUAUAGUUGCUAAGGAACAAACCACCGAAUCUGAUCAACCUGAAAUAAACGUGAGACCUGUACCAUCAAUGCUUAAUUUAAUGAAGCCCGAAGAUAUUGCGAGCACGAGUUCGCAUACAGCUACCACCCCAAAAGCUCUUUCAGAAGAAGAAAAAGCGGCUGAAAUUGCUGCGAAAAAAUCACGCCUUAAACAAAAACUGGUCAAGAGUGCGCGAUCCGUUGCCAUUUUCUCACUAAAACUCAAAGAAAGACGUGCUCGUGAAGCCGAACGAUUAGCUCAAGAAACUGCUGAUGUCCUAACAGCGCCCGCUGGCUGUGGAGAACUCGACGCAAUUCCAAUAGAAAAGUUGCUCCAAGUGAGUGACGUCAUGAAUGCACGACAUCAACAAGGCUCAGGAAUAUAAAAAACAAAAAAAAAAUCAAUUUAUAUCGCAUUUUAAAAUGGAAUUUUAUCUAUUGUUGGCUGUUAUUCAUCAGCUCAAGUCUUUCUUGCAUU